AUGGCUGAUGAGGCUACGCAUCAAGAAACUGUUGCACCGGUCAGCACAAUUGCUGAAGAAAGGCAGAAGCGCUACACUCGCUGGAAAAAAAACUCAAAGCUUUACUAUGAUUAUUUGAACACCAAUAGCACAAAAUGGCCAUCUCUGACGUGCCAGCUUUUUCCAGACCUCGACUUAGCGACUGAUGAACACCGCAUACUACUUUCGUCGUUUACUUCGUCGCAAGUUCCCGAGGAUGAAUCAUUGUACGUGGCCCGGUUGUCAUCGAUGAAGCAUAUACCUUGGAGUUCGCUGAACAACUUUGACAUGGAGGAGAAGGAGUUCAAGGUGGACAACUCUCUCAAGCUUCCGUCAAAGAGUUUGGUGGAAGAUUUAAGAAUUAAGUUUCCGGCUGGGGACUGCAACAAGGCCCGGUAUUGCCCUUCUAAUCCUGACUUGAUAGGUUCGGCAUCUUCCAACGGCUCAAUAUAUGUCUUUGACCGCACCAAGCAUGGGUUCGCUCGACAGAAAUUGAUUUCUGCAGGAGACACAGACCACCAGAUUCAUUGUCAGCUCUCCACUUCGCUGGAAGAGCAUAAAAACGAAGCCGUUAGUCUUGCAUGGAACUGGCAGCGACAGGGCCUCCUCGCGACAAGCUAUUCCCACGGCCAGGUCUGUGUGUGGGACCUUGAAAAAUACGACAAGAAUUCUCCUACGCUUAUCAACCCACUUGCAAUGUCCACUGUUGAUCCCCGGGGAUCGAACGAGGUUUCAUGGAUGGUUCGUCAUGAUUCUCUGUUGGCGUAUUGCAGCGAAGACAAUUUAGUAGGAAUUAUGGACAUCAGGAACCCCGAAAAAGGUCAGAGCUCCGGCAGUAAUCCACACCAUUCGAAUGGAAUUAAUACAUGCCAGUUCAACUACCACAGGGACAUGCUACUCUGCUCUGCUGAUUCUGCUGGCAGAAUCAACCUGUGGGACAUACGAAAUUUUACGCAACCAUUGAAAACCCUUCUUCACAAUGAUUCGAUCUCCGUCCUCCAAUGGAACCCACGUGAACCAACCGUUCUAGCUACGGGAGGACAGGACGGUGGCCUUGUCAAGAUCUGGGACCUUUCUCAACCUGAAGGCCAAGAGCUAAUCUUCACGCACGGGGGACACAUGUUGGGUGUCAACGACAUUUCAUGGGAUCCACACGAUACUUGGAUGAUGUGUAGCGUAGCCAACGACAACUCUAUCCAGGUUUGGAGGCCUUCAAACAGCCUAGUGGAGCCCAAGUAA